AUGGAAACGAGGCCCGGAGCAAGCCCUAGCACAGGAAAGGAGUCCUGUGAAAUUUGUCCCCAGGGAUUACUGGUGUUCAGCGGCUCUUCAGAACAGGACACCAACUUGGCCAAGCAAUUUUGGAUCUCAGCGUCAAUGUAUCCUCCUAAUGAAUCCCAGUUGGUGCUGUCCGGAGGUAGCGCUCAGCGUCUGCCGGUGGCCGGGUUGUCUAAGAGCAGUGCUCCUGAGAAGAGUUACUUGCAGUCUUUUUUCCUUGAGAAAAACAAGGCUACAGAUGUCAUUGCUGAAACCCUAAAAAUUGAGGAAAAAGAAAAGUAUCUCCAAAAGGCUAAAAGGAGGGAUGAGAUUCUCCAACUCUUAAGAAAACAAAGAGAAGAAAGGAUCUCGAAAGAACUGGUCUCACUUCCUUACAAACCAAAGACCAAAGUACACAAAGCAAAGAAAAUGAUUCCAGAGUCAAAUAAAGAACAAGAAGAAGUCAAAGCCUUGAACUAAUUUGAUGGACACAUGAUAGCGGAUGGCUCACUUAGAUCUUCUUUUGAAACAACCUGUGCUUCCAUCAGGAUCCUUGAGCUCAUUUGUUAAAACAGACAAAGAAAUAAAAGUUAAAUAUGCAGACUUC